AACGCUCGCAUCGCCGACGAGACCGCGUGCUCACUACGUCCUUUACAUAAGAACCGGACUCCGUCCGGCGUAAAUUUAGUUUGCACCAAGUGACAUGUGUCGUAGUAUCUGAACGUUUCGGAGGAGAAUAUGAACGUAACGGCGACGUAACGAUUUCGCGAACGUUUCCAAUUGAAAGAACUGUUUAAAGAGCGAUGUUGUACGUGUUUCGGUGGCGAAAUGAGUGACGAAAGGGCAUGGCUUUGACUAACCUCGCCAUGUCCUCCCUGCGAAGGCGUAACUGCUUCCUGGUGCUUGCGUUCAUCGUGUUCAUACCCUUCUGCGCCUUUGUGCUGCUAUCAGUUCCAGAUGGAACUUCCGAACAGCUCUUGGUGCAGCGAUUGGCAGAGCUCCAGGUUAAACUCCAAUACCUAGAUUCGAUGUAUCGGGCGCGACAGGAAGAGCUCUUACAGCUGACUCAGCACAUCGACCAAAUGGGAAUAGCGACCGACAACACGUCCGCCGGUUUUACGUUGCCGCCGGCGAUCCUUCGGCCCGAAGUAAAGCAGCUGCUCAAGAAUAUGUCGGGAAUGCACGCGGCGAGCGGAAUUAAUCCGCCGAUAAUGCUGCGGUUGCCUUCGUCCUUCCACUUUCUUCCGCACCUACUCGACGACCCUUCCAGCCUGCGACUCGCCUAUCUGCUAUCGAAGGGUAGGACGGGCGUCUCGAUCGUGCUCGGUAUCCCGACGGUCCGAAGGGAGAAGCAGAGCUACCUGAUGGAGACGCUUCAGAAUUUGGUCGAGGGGAUGAAUUCGGAGGAGGCCGACGACGCCGUUCUCGUUGUUUUUAUUGCCGAGACGGAUUUGGAGUACGUGCUACAGGUUGCCAAGGAGGUUGAGCUUAGAUUUCCCGCCCAGAUCGAGUCGGGAUUAAUUGAGGUAAUCGCGCCCUCGCCGUCGUACUAUCCCGAUCUGGAUAAAUUACGAAUCACCCUCGGAGAUUCGCGCGAGAGGGUUCGCUGGAGGUCGAAACAGAACUUGGACUUCGCCUUCCUUAUGUCUUAUUCACAGCCGAAGGGAACGUUUUAUGCGCAAUUAGAAGAUGAUAUCCUCGCGAAGCCGUACUACAUAACGGAGAUGAAAAAGUUCGCGAUCGAGAAGACGGCGAGGAAGGAGCCGUGGUUCGUGCUGGACUUCUGCCAGCUCGGAUUUAUCGGUAAAAUGUUCAAAAGUGCCGAGCUUCCGUGGCUGAUUCAGUUCUUCCAAAUGUUCUACAACGACAAGCCGGUCGAUUGGCUGUUAGACCAUUUAAUAUCGACGAAAAUCUGCAACUGGGAAAAAAACAACGACUUUUGUAAAAAAGAUAAGGCGAAAAUGUGGCUACAUUAUAAGCCGUCUCUCUUUCAACACAUCGGCACGCAUUCGUCCCUUAAAGGAAAGGUGCAAAAACUGAAGGACAAGCAGUUUGGAAAGGUGGCCCUUUUCUUUCCGCACAGCAAUCCAGAGGCGGAAGUCAUUUCGGGCAUUAAAUUUUACAAACAGUACAGCUUAGAGCGGGCAUAUUUGGGCGAGACGUUCUUCUGGGGUCUCCUACCCCAACCGGGUGAUUUACUUACGUUUAAGUUUACGAAGCCCGUUCUCGUGAAGAGAUUCUUUUUCCGAAGCGGAAACGCCGAGCAUCCAUCGGAUAAGUUCUACAACACGACCGUUGAGGUCUAUCCCAUCGAGCCGAAUCAAUAUGGCGGCACUCUGAAUGUGACAAGUGAUGGGUUUAUUAUCGUAGGUAAAUUCGACGUGGUGGGCAUCGCCGAAGGCACGCCGGACGAAAGCAUCGGUCGAGUGUCGGCGUUACGUCUGCACGUCCACUCCGAGAGCGACAACUGGGCGAUACUUAGCGAGAUUCACAUACAAGACGAGAUCACCAGGUGACCAAGGACGAGCGGUCGGGCCCUACUCCCAUUCCCGCACAUACGACACCAGUACAUGCUCGAUCGCAUUCCCCCGCAUCCUCUGUGAUAAUUGUUUGUUUUUUGUUUUACACGUUUAUAGUUUAUGUAGUUUUUCGUUGGCCAGUUAUUCACCCUUAGUCCCCC